GUCAUUUUUCGCUCGAUCUUGGGCAGUAAACAAGCAGAGGUCCAGUACAUAACGUGCUUCCCCGUGGCACUAUUGCCUUAUAAAUAGGGAUUGAGAGGUUGGCUGCCCUCAGUUCCCUACUCUAUCUUUUAGACAAACCAUCGGCGAGAGGGGUUUGUGAUGUGGCCCUACUGCGGGAUUUUAAUCGAUAUAUCCUGGCUCGAGUGCCUUCCAACGACGUAGUAAAGAGAGAGAGGAUUGGGAGAGAAGACACGGGCAUUCGUAGCUUAGCGAUUGUGCCACCGUCAAUGAGUGUUGCUUAGUGACACACUGGCCGUCGGCGUAAACACACAAGAAGGGUUCAGUCUUACACCAGCAGUCAUACGGUAAGGCCGUGCGCCUCGCUGCUGCUGCUGCUGCUGCUGCUACCUGGUACCCCCUUUUGCUCGCAUCACUCGUGCUGUGAUAUUCAGUGAUCGAUUCGAUGAACUUCAUAUUUUUACCUCUGAACUGGAGUGAUGCAAAGUGACAAAUGCUGAGUUGAUCCUUAUCAAAUAUACCAAUUUAUUGGUGUGAAUAAGUGCUUAUUGGGUGAAUUUUGUCACCCCUUAGUCUAUUUUCCUCUGAAAUACCUAAUGGUGUCCCGUGCAAAGGGGUCAUCGAGUACCAUGGCCUUACAUUGUUCUCAAGCAAAGGUAUGGGUGAAGACGCAUUACGAAAGGCACGAAGAUGGCGUUGUGGCUAAAUCGGUUAUGUAUAAACAUUACGAAGAUUAUUGCCGAGAACAGGGACGUAACAUUAUGGAAACCAGCAUAUUUGGACGUGUUGUGAAAUCAGUGUUCCCCGACGUCACUAUUCGACGCCUGGGAGGUCGGGACAAUUUGAAAUACUAUUACUGCGGCAUCCAGGCCAAAGAAUCGUCGCCCCAUGCCAUUGAUAAUGCCACCACGACCAGGCCCAAGCGACGGUUACGAAAACGAGAGGUCGUCACGGACAAGACCGACGUCCAUCGAUGUUUGUUGUGGUUGCACAAGAAUUACUGUUCCUCCCCCGACGCCUCCGUCGUGAAGGCCGAGGUCUACGACAGAUACGUGUUGGAGUGCAUAGCAGGGGCCGGGGAGCCCUUGUCCAUGCAGUAUUUCGGCAUGGUCAUGACCCACGCUUUCCCUCACAUUACCAAGAGAAAAUUGGGUCCUAGAGCCAAUCAACAAAAAUUCUAUUUCGGCAUCGCGGAGAGACCGGCCCCGCUGCCCCUCGACACAGUUCCUCCCGAGCUCCUGAGUGUGGUGGACCUCAUGUUCAACAACGGGAAGCUCUGCUACCGAGAGGAACUCGACGCAGAAGACGACGAAGAGGACGAUGACUGUGGGUGUCGCAGUCCCGUGUCAGACACCUCCGAAGGGUCACUCAGGGACGCCCACACGCCCUUGUCGGGUGAACACUCCGCUCACGGCCACCAUUACCAUCUCGACGUCUCUUACGUGAAAGAUGAACCAGUGGACUAUAGUUUGCAACAUUUAAAGCUCAAGGACGAGCCCGUGGACGAAGUGCUCGUGAAAGAGGAGCCCUUAGACUUGCACAUGGACCGAGGUGAAAUGCGAAGUGACAUGGAGGCCGCCUGUUACAUGGCCAGCCCUGAGAGGUCGCCCUCCGUCGCCACUUCUAUCAGUGACUCUCCAAGCCCUUCGGUGAAGGACCACAAAACUAAAAAAAUCUAUAAGCCCAGAUUUCACAUCAUAUCAGACUACAAUGACGAAACCAGUUGGAACAGUGAAUCCGAUCCAAAAAUGGACAAGUACAGUGUUCAGUACUGCAACAAUUCUUUGGAGUCUCAGUGGGAAAGCCUUUUACGUGAUUGGCUGGUCCAGACGUUCGAGGAGUGCGAUAAUGUUUGUGUGAACAGGGACCAAGUUUAUGCUUGUUACGAGACCUUUUGUGAAAUGGCCGCCACCACGGCUCUCCCACUCACCUAUUUCGACGAGACGGUGUUGAAGGAGUUCCGCGGGGUGGGCACUAUGAUCCACCCUUCGGAAAAGACAUUCUACGAGGGCAUUCGUGUCCAGAUACAUUCCGAACUAUACGGUCGCAUUGAGGAGCUUAUCGACGGUGAGCCUUGCAAGUGGCCGCAACAUUCCAUGGAGUUGUCUCCCCCCAGGGGCGCUGCUCCCCGCGUUUCUCCCCUUACCCUGGAGGAGGAGGAGACUUCCGAGGAGCGCUACGCUGAUAACUACCAUGAGGGUGCUGAUGAAGACUUACAUUCCACGCCUGAGGUCCUGCGGGACGGCAAGUAUUACCUGAGAAUGUGGCUGACUGACAACUUCGAAUCGGUGCCCGAUUCGUGCGUUCUGAAAGCCGAGGCCUACCGCCAUUACGAACAGUACGCCAAGAGCAUCAAGCAGCCGCCCUUCGAGAUGAACGUCUUUGGGAAGAUUGUGCGGCAGGUGUUCCCUAAAGUGUCCAUUCGCAGGUUGGGUGGCCGUGUGAAACCCCAGUACCACUAUUGCGGGAUUGCUGUGAAAAGUUCCAGCGCCCUCUUCCAGUUCAUGAGUGGCAAGGACCCGGCACAGCGAUCUCGGAAGAAGGAAAUUGCGACGGACAACAAGAGUGCCGAGAUUGUUAUCGAAUGGCUGCGAAAUCAUUACGAGCCAGGGACCGACAGAAUUAUCAUGAAAAGUGCCGUCUUUAAUAAUUACUGUAAUUAUUGCAAGAUCAUGAGUGAAAAUCCAGUUACUCUUAAUUAUUUCGGGAAAUUGGUGAAGCACUGUUUUCCUAACGUGGAAGUGAGAAAAUGUGGAGGAAGAAGUGAACCUACCUGGUACUAUUUUGGUCUCGUACCCAAAGGAGGGGAAACGAUCACGGUCUCGGGUUACCUUCCUCACGCCCAUGACUCGCCUCUUCACGCCCACGAUGACCUCGCCUCCCGCGACCCCUCUUCCACCUACGACAUUCAGAUGGCGGCGGCGGCGGCGGCGGCGGGGGGGAUGCCAGGACGCCACCAUCAUCCCUUGGGGGGGCGUGGAGUCGAAGGCCUCCACCACACUGCCUUGUCACCUCAUAGCACUAGUCCCAUUCCCAUCUCCUUGGGCAAGGGAGUCCCAGGGGCGUCGCCCUUCUCCAACACCCCCAAUGGUUCCUACAGUACGACAUCCACAAUGCUGCAGUCGGUGCUCCUCAAUCCGCACGUGGGUCACGCUCAAUCUCCAUUGCUCACCACCACCACCUCCAGCGGCGGCAGACACUCUCAGUAUCUGCAGUCUCCGAGAGACACCUUGCUGGACUCUGCCUCCUCCUGCCACAGGACGCCGCAGCACCCGCACCACCCUUCGGAGCUCUCCACCGCCUCCCCCGUCGACGCCCGCAUCUACAGGGACUCCCUCAGUUCGCAGUCUCCUGCCGCAGAAAGCAGCAGCUUGCACGACAUCAGGGGACACCUGCUGGCCAGGUCGCCCUACGAGCCAGACGUGCCCUCUGACAACAUGUUUUCCAGAUCCCCUGGAGAUACCUCGGCGCAGUACUGUAGGUCUCCCCACGAGGUGAUGGAAGGAGUGUGUCGAUCGCCGGGCGAUGCUCACGUCCUCGUGUCGCACUCCCCGGGAGAUACACAUCUGUUUUCGCACUCGCCCUUGGACCCCGGCUACCAGAGUGCGAUGAAGCACCACCGCCUCAGCAUGGGCGGAGGAGGAGGGAGGAUGGGCGUCGCGGGCGGAGGUCAGGUGGUGCCAGGAAUGAUCAUUCCACAUCACCAGCUACCAAGUAUGGGCGAGUCGGUUCAUUCCGCUCACUCCCACAAGAGGCAUUCUGUUCAUCUCCCACAGGGGAUGGAGGACUACGAAAUGAUCAGCGACAUGCCUAUUGAAUAACCUGUGGAAAUACCAUGCAUUGUUAUGGAAUCGGCUGUGAUAUUAUUAUGAUGUGCAUGUUGUAGAGUGUUUUCUCCGUUCCGGCAUCUUGUGUAGUACACUCCCCUCCCCGUCGGCAAGUGUUCAGCCGUGUUUCCCUCCUCUUCAGCAGAAGAGAGCUGUGGCCUCUACUGGGGGCAAGCUCUCCUCUCCUCGGAGCCCCUCUGCCUCCAGCCCCCCCACCCCAAAACCGACAGACUUUGUAAAAUCCACAGAAGCAGAAGCAUCAGGUGUCAGACCAAAAAUCUCCUCAUCUACCGACCCGGAGGAAUCAUCAUGCCAAAACUUCCCCUUUCUCCCCCUACAUUCUCCACGACAGAUUUAAAAACCUAAAAGGAAAAAACUUGCUCGAUUCGUAGUGUGAGUCUGGAAGACUGAUUAUAGAAAAUGAAACAUACGACCCCUGAGAAGAAAUUAAAUCGUCAAUGAAGCAAUUGCAAGAGGAUUAUUGUUGUGCUUUUUUUUCUGUUGAAAAGCUUCACCUGUGAAAAAACUAUAAAAAAAAAAUUCUGAAAGUAAUGAAACAUGUAGCUAUUCAACCCCUCCCGUUCCUAUUCCCAAUCCCAUUCCCCCUUUAUACCCCAACAACAAAACGCUUCGUUUAUGAAUAUUGAACAACGUGUCCUGUCAGUAAUUUCGUAUCGAAAACAAGUGGAAAACAAAAAACGUGUGUGUUCGUUAUGUCCCUUUGGGAGAUUUUGCUACGAUGGGCUCGUUUCUGACGCUCUUGAAAAGCUACACAGGUUCCCAGCAACAUCUCUUUGAAAAGUUGAUGGCGUUUUCUCCAUUCACUCCUGUUGGCUUUAUCAGUCACAUCAGAUUCCAUCAGUGAGGCUAAUCUGAGGUUUAUUUAUUGUUGGAUCGAAUGGUAAACUUUUGUGUUGCGACAAAUACCAAGGCCGUCCACCACGACGACGAUGACGAGGAGGAGGAGUACGUGGACGUUUCCAGGUGGAAAAUGUGUAAUGGACCUCUUGACGCAUGUUUAUCAACCCCUGGAACUCCUUGGGAAAAACAAGGGGAAGGGAUUCCUCCCAGUCCCUCCCCCCCCCCUUUCCCUCAGCAUUUUCUGAACCCCCUGAACCCCCCCUCCCCCCCCCUCCCCUCUCCCCCCUCCCCCAGCUGGCACAAAUUCCUGUUUACUAAAAGUGGUGCUAAGAAGAGAAAGAGAAGUCAUGGAGGUCUUGUAAGAACGCCUUCAUGAUCUAUUUUUAUGGGUAUUUUCUAUUAAUUUUUUUUGUCAGUGAAGAAGCUUUGAGAGUGAUUGAUCACUUUUCUUAUGAUGAUAUAUACCUUCGUUGGGGCUGUUGUGCCCAGUAGGUAGGUAGGUAGGUAGAUGACCCCCUCCCCCCUUCGUAUUUGCUCUGUGCCCAACUCAGAGAUACAGGUCAACAAAACGAAACCAUUCCCAGUCUGAUUUUCUUUUUUAUUUUAUCAGUUUUAUGUUCUACUUGAAUAAUUGACAAAGUUUAUAUAUAUUAACUCAUUGUUAUCUGUUGAUGAAAGAUGAUAUUUUUGGAGAAAGAAGUGAGAAAGAUUCUUUUUUUCUUUGUUCGUUUGUUUUGUGUCUUCCUCGAUAUAUAAUAUAUAUAUAUUUAAAAAGAAGGUUCUUCCCAAAUCAUACAUCAUUGCAGUGUUGUUACAUUCUCUCAUAAUCACAUUGAAAGUUGUUGUUAUCUAUUAUUUACGUGAGUUCAUCAGAAAAUCUCUCUCUCUCUCUCUCUCUCUCUCUCUCUCUCUCUCUCUCUCUCUCUCUCUCUCUCUCUCUCUCUCGUUCGUGAGGUGCAUUAACUUUGGAAGCAACCAGUUUUUUUUUCCCAGUCAUUUUUGUGAUUUCUGUGACUUGACAACCUUUUCAUCACUCAUACUUCGUCCAGUCUGUCUUUGGUCCUGGUUCGAAUGUUAGGCAGAGCAAACGGAAGUCAUCCUGCAGUCGAAGGCACGUUCCUACCCCCCAAAGGUCAAUUGUCAAUUUAGUUGAUUUAAAUUGUACAAAAAAAAAAAAAAAAAAAAAAAAAAACUACAUACCAAUGCCACUCAGAACCGGUGUUCGGUCGUCAACGUUUUUUUUUUAUUUGAUUGACGCUGGAACGAAGCCUGCCUCGUCUUUUUUUUAUAUAUAUAUAUAUACUUGUGGAACGAUGCCUAACUGUUUUCCGUUUGCGAGACAAAACCAAAGUGUUCGAACUCGAACAGCCUCGCACCUGUUAUAAACUGGAGUAGCCCUCUUAUUUUUUUUUAUUCCCAUUCUUGAAUGGACUAGUGAUGCACAACAAUUCUCUCUCUCUCUCUCUCUCUCUCUCUCUCUCUCUCUCUCUCUCUCUCUCUCUCUCUCUCUCUAA